CCAAGAGGUGGCCAUCCUCACUUUCUCUUGGUUUGCUAUUUUAAGGCACCGCAAAAUCACCAUUUCAUUAAAUUCUUCCUUACCUACAUUUCCCACCACCCUAUAAAUACAAUGCAACAACCCUAAUCUAUAUCACACACAAGAUUUGAUUUCAUUUCUCCUAUAUAUAUACAUACACCUAGCUACAAGGAAAAAAAAAAACAGAAUUAAUGAAGGGUGGUGGCGUUGUGGCAGUCCUGGCAAUAAUCCUGGCCGUGGCGGUGCAGCGUGGCGAGGCGGUGAGCUGCGGGCAGGUGGACGCGGCGCUGGUGCCGUGCGCGGAGUUCCUGACGGGGCGUGCGGCGGAGGCAGGGCGGGCGUGCUGCGAUGGGGUGAGGGCGGUGAAGGGGAUGGCCGUGACACCCGCCGACAAGAGGGCGGCGUGCAUCUGCAUCAAGAACGCCGCCAACGGCUUCAGCGGCCUCGACGACAGUGCGGCGCAGAGCCUCCCCGGCAAGUGUGGGGUCACACUCGACAUCCCCGUUUCCCGCACCGUCAACUGUGAUAGGAUUGCUUGAGAUUAUCAUCAUCAUAUGCAUGCAUGUGCAAUAAUAAAGUGUUCUUCAACACUAUCACUCCAUGUUUACUUAUCCUCUCAAUAUCGAGCUCAUUAUACAGAUUGCAUCCAGCAUGAAUCAAAUUCAAAUCCUUCCAACUUUUAGAAGAAA